AAGGGUCUGAAUUUUUUUCUUCAGUGAAAGCUCAUUCCAUUGAAAAUUAAGAAUCGAGGUGUAAACAUGAAAAGGGGUUUUCCUACUCGUCAAUCUUAUGGCUCCCUGGAAGAAGCGAGGCUUAGUAUUAAAUACUAUUCGCUAUUGGAAGAUUGUUCAAAGCUACAAAAGGAGUGUGUUUCUAAGAAGAGGAAAUUACAAGAAGAAAAACAGAAGCGAGAGAUACUUCUAGAUGAAGUUCGAUUUUUGAGACAACAACAUAAAUAUUUAACAAAAAUACAGGCUGCUAAGGUUGAACCAGAACUUGGUCCUAGCCAAAAUGCAGAUAUUCAUAAUGGGCCUAUUGAAAAGGAGAGGAAUUUCUUUUCCAGCGAGAUUAGCAUGCAUCAAGAAAGCAAUGGGAGGGAGGAGCUAGUGGGAAAUACACUGCCUAUUACUGAUAAGCCCCUGAACUUGUCAAACAAGGAAAAAAAAAGUGGAAAGAAGAAAGUGUCAUGGAAUGAUGAUGUAGUUGUGAUUGUACUAUAAAUGUUGCUAAGGAAAAUUUUGUUAUUUGCUACAUCAUCCUGUGCACUGUUGGAUGAAGUUGUAGAAGCUGAUUCUAAUACUAGGAAAACCUUCCACACUUAAUUAGGAAAUAGGAAACACAGAAGCAAUUAAAAGUAUUUACAGAGUACGUACAUAUUAGAUACUAAGUAUCCAAAGUGGAUAAGUAUGUGACACAAUUAUGAUAUCACAUGGCCACUAUUUAGAAAUGUCCGUGCUUCUUAGGCUAUAGGAUUAAAUUGCAUAGUUUUGGACUGGUACUAACAUAUUUUCAAAUUAUGUAUACUAGUUAUAGUUGAUUACUUGAUUA